GACAAUCUUGAAAUUGGGCCAGAUGGACGGUUGAGGCUUACAAGUACAGUGGUGUCUACCCCAGGAGGAAAUGUGGAUGUUGAAAUGCACGAUGAGCAAAUUGUGGCCAAAAUGGGCUUCUCAAUAGGGCAGUUCCUAAUCCAGGAAGAGCACAAGGCAAAACUGCUUGAGCUCUACAAGGCACCAGCAACAGACUAUGCCAUUGUUCAGGUGGAACGGGCAUUAGUUUAUGUGGCUGACCUUUUAGUAUUUGCCCACAAUCUCUCCUAGAGGAUGACCUCUACACCUCGUAUCCAUGGCUUACAGAUGAUGCAGUGAAUGCAAGAGUUCUCCAGCUGACAAGACCUCUGGAGAAUGUGUUUGCUUUGCAAACAUUUCAUUUCACGGCUUGGUGGAGGAGCUGGAUCAAUGGGGAAUCAAUCAGCUCCUGCCAUUUGCAUUGCAUCCAGGGCUUAAAGCAAGACUCAAAGGUUCUGUUUCCAUGAGUCCUUGGCCAUCAAACUCCAGAGACUGGCAAUCAUUUCAUUCUGUGGGUAUUUGAUGGCUCAAAAAAGAAAUCAGGGUCUACGAUUCCCUUGAAAAGUACACCUUGAUUUCUCCACCUGAUAUGGGCAUUCUAAGCCUUGCAUUUCAGAACAUAUGGAGGCUGAAGGAAUGGUCCAUUUCAUAUCCAGACCAGUGGAGACAGAGAGAUGGCGUCAACUGUGGUGUCUUCGUCUGCACGGCAGCUGAGCUUGAUAUCAAAGGGACAGACAUGAUGAAUGAACCCUUGAACCAAGUCCAGUUGGGGCAUCUCAGGAUGUAUCAUGCAGCCUGCUUGAUUGCCGAUUCUGUUCCUAAGGGGAAGAAAGUGCGUGAGUCUUGCAUGGCAGAGGCAAUUCAUGCCUGCAAUUACUACGACAGCACUGGAAAAGAGCAGUCAAGGCAGUUGUAUCCACAUGUGCAGAAGGAGGACUGGGUGAAAUGCGAGACAUGCAAUGGCUGGCUGCACAAAGACUGUGCCUGUUAUGAGCCCAGUCAGUCAGGCAUUUUCACAUGUGGUUGUGACCUGCCUGAGCCAUAUGCCUUCACCAGUACUUUGACCUGCCUCAAGAACAAAGGCGUUGAGGGCCUCAUUUCCAAAGGAAGAAUAAAGGAACUGAAAGAAAUGCUCGACAGUGGGGAGAGGAAAUCCAACAGGAUGUUCCUUUGGCAAAACCCUGGGGGAAACCGUGCCCUGAAAACAAUUCUUAACGGAAAGCCAAUAUGUUUCAAUGAGAAACACAUGAAUGACCUCAUUAAUCUGAUAAAGCCAACGCUGUCAUUGGAUUACAGCCUCCUCAAAAACAUUGAUUUUGUCAUUGAUGUCAUGGUGCCAGAGACCACAAUUGACAUCCUGGUGAGUCUAGAAGGUUUUUCAAGAUUUUAUGCCAAGAAAAUCCUCAGAACGACCAUCGAGUGAUCAGACGUCCCAUGGGGUGAUGUGGCAGCUGCAGUUUAGUUCCUUAUGCUCAGUUCAUGCAUUCAUACAACAUACAUUACAUCUUACACACAUGCACAUCGUACACUACUGAUAGUACUGAUGUUCACAUCCCAUUUAUUCAUUAUUUUCCUUGUUUCACAUUUUGUUCCUUUUGUUAAUAAAUCUACUUUGUUACA